AUCAGCUGGGACGACAUGGAAGGCAAAAUGGCAGUAGACACGAAAAUUGCCAGUAUCGAAGUAAAAGAUGUUCGCUUCCCAACAUCACUCGAGGGCCAUGGAUCAGAUGCAAUGCACACUGAUCCCGACUAUUCCUGUGCCUAUGUUAUCAUCAGAACAGAUGCUGGAGAUGGACUAGAGGGUCACGGUCCAACCUUUACUAUCGGCAGGGGCACAGAGAUUGUUGUGGCAGGAGUCAAGGCUCUCAUCCCUUAUGUGGUUGGCUGCAAGCUGGCAGAAAUCUUUGGUGAUUUUGCGACUUUCUGGCGAAAGCUUACAAGUGAAUCACAACUCAGAUGGAUAGGACCAGAGAAAGGAGUUAUCCAUCUGGCCACCUGUGCAGUGAUGAACGCUCUCUGGGAUCUGUGGGCGAAAAUGGCAGGAAAGCCACUUUGGAAGUUGCUUGUAGAUAUGAGCCCAGAGCAACUGUUAAGUGUGAUAGACUUCAGAUACAUAACUGAUGCACUGACAAAAGAAGAGGCCCUACAAAUUUUGAAAGCCAAUGAAUCAACAAAAGCUGAAAGAGAAGCAGAGUUGAUGAAGAAUGGUUUCCCGGCGUACACUACAUCGACUGCUUGGCUGGGAUAUUCUGAUGAAACUUUGAGAAAGAGAUGCAAGGCUGCGCUGAAAGACGGCUGGACCAGGUUUAAGAUGAAGAUAGGAGCCAAUUUAGAGGAUGAUAUCAGGAGAGCUAAGAUCAUCAGGUCGGAGAUUGGAGACGACAAAAUCUUGAUGAUGGACUGUAAUCAGAGAUGGGAAGUAUCACAAGCUAUAGACUGGAUGAAGAGCCUAGCUGAAUUCAAACCAUACUGGAUCGAGGAACCAAUUUCACCUGACGAUGUGCUUGGACAUGCAGCAAUUGCUAAGGCACUAAACCCUUUAGGCAUUAAGGUGGCCACGGGAGAACAGUGUCAGAACCGUGUAAUGUUCAAGCAGUUCCUCCAGGCCAAGGCUCUGCAGGUCCUUCAGAUAGACAGCUGCCGUAUCGGAGGGGUCAACGAACUACUGGCUGUGAUCCUCAUGGCAAAGAAAUUCGGAGUACCUGUAUGCCCACAUGCCGGGGGAGUGUUGCUAUGUGAGCUGGUGCAUCAUCUCAGUAUGUUUGACUAUGUAUGUGUAUCAGGAACUAAAGAAGGAAGGGUGAUUGAAUUUGUAGAUCAUUUGAGAGAGCAUUUCAAGUACCCUUCUAUCAUCAAGAAUGCUUCCUAUAUGCCACAGAAGAUCCCAGGCUAUUCAACAGAACUCAAGCAAGCCAGCUUAGAUGACUAUGUCUACCCAGAGGGUCGCAUGUGGCAGCAACUUGCUAAGGAAGGCAAGGUCAAGUUGUAAGCAAUUAAAGCAACAAUUGUCCAGUUUGCCAGACUAGUAGCAUUUUUAUUAGCAGUGUUGACCCUGGGCAAUUUGAGAUGUAUUAAAGACUGGGGGGAGGGGCAUGAUGCCCCCCUUCUGAUCUUGAUUGCGCUGACAUGGCAGGCUUUUUUUACCACAUAAACUACAAGGUAGUAAAACAACAAAGAUCUAAAAAUAAUCAUUAUAAGUAAAAUAUGCUCUUAAAAUUUAUUCAUAAAAAACAUUAUUUGCAUAUAUAACACUCUAUUUCACAGUCAUGAAAAUUUCUUCUCCUUUUGCAGAAAUAAUCUUUUGGAUCUAAUUUAAAGGUUUCCACUAAGAAAAAUUGCAGAAGCCAAUUUUGUCCUAAUAAAUUUCUUUGUUUUUAGAAUUUAUUAUGUGUUUCUUUGGUUUUUCAUCGUUUUUAUAAUGGAAAUUAUUACAGGCCAUUUAACAACUAAAUUAAACCAUAAAUUCAUUAAGCAGACCAAUGAGAACCAAAAAUAAUCACCCUUUUAUGAAUUUCAUCUCCCAUAGAAUUUGUACAUAAAGUAUAAAAAUGGGCCAUUUUCGGCAUGACAUUGCCUCGUAAAAAGUCAUGUGACGUCGCGAUGGUAUACCCGUAGGUCACAGAAGUUGCACGAGACUUCAAAGAAAAAGUCAUAGAAUUUUGCAGCGCUAUCUUUUUGCAUUUCGAAAAUAUCGCACGAAUUGUCAAGGAGGGGGCAUCAUGGGCCCCGUCCUUUUAGGAUUAAAGGUAUCACAAUAUGAUGGCAAGUAACAUAUUACAUAGAAAGUUGAGACAUGGCAUGGCCUUUUUUGUGAAGAUGAUUAGCCUGCUUUGGGCUGCAUAUUUAAGUGGGACCAUAUAACAAAUCGUAUCACAGAUUGGUGUAUAUUUGUAAAUUGCUAUAUCUGUGUAUGUGGAGGGCGAUGAGUUAUGUAUUAUCAUGCAUUGUCUCUUUUCUGUUUGACCAAUUGACAUUUUAGUGUCCUCCUGUACCCUAAGCUACAUUGGAGAUGUUACAAACUGAUUAAAAUGUGUUAAGGUUAAAGGUCAAGUCCACCUCAGAAAAAUGUUGAUUUAAAUCAAUAGAGAAACAUCAGACAAGCACA